AUUCGGAUAAUUGCUCCUCUUUUCGCUUCAUAUGCAUACGCCUGUAUAGGUGUGUGAUUGUGGAUCACUAUGUGUGUUUACGUGUAUGUAUGUUUGUGUAGCUUCCUAGAUGCGUUCAUUGGUGCGUUCCUUUGCUAUGUCACAACUUUUGCUGGAUUACCCCACUUUUUCCCCGCAUCAGGAGCUCAAGUGCAACUCAUUGUCUCUCACGGUCUGUCCCCGUCAGCGCAGCGACAUCAGCAGCAUCCUUAAAGAAGUUCUUACUCUUCUGCUGUCUACAUAAGGAGCAUUUGCCCUGUGACCGUCAAGGAGAAACGACAGAAACAUUUAGGCUCUUGAUACCGCUGUCUGUAUAAUCGCUCGUUUGCCGUCAGGAUGUGGGUGUGUAACAGCACUGUCCCUCGCACUUUGCUGUCUUCAGUACUCUCAACUUUCCUGUUGCUGAGUACACUGAUGCUUGAGAUGGUUGGAGCCGCGGCCACUGCUGGAUCCCCCGCUGGCUGCGUUACGUGCGGGAUGCCCGUAAUGGACAAACAUUCAGAGGAGUUCUUGAUUGAAAUCGCGAAGCAACAGAUUCUGAACAAACUGCACCUCAAGGAGAGACCGAACAUCACGCAAAUUGUUCCCCGAGCGGCACUAAUGACUGCGCUCCGGAAGCUGCACGCGGGUCGGGUUAGGCAGGACGGCACGCUGGAACUGGAGAACAACCUCCCGAGCGCGCGUUCCAGAGAUCAAGCAUAUGAAGUAGUCAGUUUCGCAGAUGUGGAUGAUGUAGAUUCCAGUGGGAUCGACCCCAGCCUGUCCUUCCAGUUUCUGCAGGAAAGGGGACACAGUGUGCAGGUGCUUCAGUCUUCCCUCUGGCUUUAUGUGCGGCCAGCCAACCCACCACACCGUGUAGCUGCCCGGAUUUACCUGUCUGGGGCAGGCAGGACCAACCGCACUCUGCUCCUCCAGAAGAUACUGGAAGUGCAGAAGGGCAGCUGGCAUACCUUUCCCGUCACCAGUGCCCUGCAGGCUUUCUUGGAUGGUGGGCAGCGUCGCCUGCGGCUGGAGGUUCGUUGUGAUGAGGGGAGCCAGAACCUGUGCAGCCAGGGAAGCCACUCGCAGGAUAGUUCCCACCAGCCGUUCCUGGUGGCACAGGUGCGUCUGCGUGAUGACAGUGGGACACAUUCCCUGAGCAAGCGCUCCCUGCGCUGUGGGGAGGAUGUGAGUGUCUGCUGCAAGAAGGACUUCUACAUCAAGUUCCGUGACAUACAGUGGCAGGACUGGAUCAUCGCACCCGAGGGGUACCACAUGAAUUACUGUAUGGGCCAGUGCCCACAGCAUCUGGCAGGCUCUCCAGGUAUCGCUUCAUCCUUCCAUGCCACCGUGUUCAGCCAGCUAAAGGCCAACGGGAUCCACACAGCUGUGUCUUCUUGCUGCGUGCCUAUUCAGCGCCGGCCGCUCUCCAUGGUUUACUUCAACUCCCAGCACAGCAUUGUGAAGACAGAUGUCCCCGAUAUGAUUGUGGAGUCCUGUGGGUGCACAUAGAAAUCAGAUCAGGUCAAAGAUAUGGACAUUAGCACACCAUAAAAAAGAACUGCCACAGUUUUCUCAGUGUACAAGAUAAAACAUGUUAGAGAUUCAUAACAUGCUGUAGAGACAGACAGACAGAUAGACAGACACAUACACACACACACACACACACAUACACACACACACAGACACACACACACACACACAUAUCUACACUCAUGCAAAUACCUUCACUUACCUAGGUUGGUACUAUUGUCUGAUUAUACGAGGUGUCAUGAGGAGUGGCAAUAACAAGAGCACAUAACAAGAGCAGUAACAUAGUUACUGAAGGGACAGUUAGUAAUUUUGUGAGACUAUAAAUCUGGGUCAUGACUUACUGGGCAGAAAGAACACAGCAUUUCAUAUCAGAUUCAUCAAGAUACCACAGUCCUGCAAGGUAGGACAGUUUUUGACAUUUGGUGACUUCAAGGGUUUGGAGGGGAGGGUAGAAGAAGGAGAAACAUUCAAACAGAAAUUCAGCUAAUGUCAUAAUCAACAGAUGUUUUAAUCAGUGGGUACAGAUGCUUUAAUUCUUAAAUUCUACCAUCCAAAAAUCUGUCACCUUCUUGGACAAUCUUGAAUGAUGCAUAAAAAACUUACUGAAGUUAUAUAGAAGUUAUUAAUUUAAAAUGAAAGAGAAACACUCACAGUGGCUGCCGCUUGACUUCCUGUGCUGUGGUCAUCAGUUAUUUUUGGCAGUUGUUGGGUUUUUUUUUUAGAUGCUUUAAUGUCUCCGAGACCAAACAAAUAUGAAAAUUCAUACAUGUAUAAGAUGCAGUCAUAAAGCUUUUAUUUAAUUUUUUAUUUCAUAUGCAUUUCAAAUUGCCUUAUUGGCUUCCCCAUGGUUGGUCAGGGAACAAAGUUUAAGUUUAUACUACACAUAUUGCUUAUUGCUUACUGCUGGACAGACAGGGUCAGACCCUUCUACAAAAGGCCAGUAUGUGAUGAGCCAUUGUGUUUCUAAACAUCAGGGAAACAUACACAGUUUGUUCAGCUCACAGGUUCAGUAGAAACAUAUAGUUUGAGCAGAGCUAGACUUGUAGAGCAAUUACCACUUUUUUGAAACUGGAUCAAAAUAGCCUGGCAUGACACCUCAAAGCUCAGAUUAAAACCACUGUGGGAACUGAAUGAUGAAAAUUCAUCCACUUUUGCACUGUAGUGUUUGUUCAGAUAACUGCUUAGGCAACUGGGCUGUGUCGGCAUAGAGUCUUACCCAAUGACAUGGGUAAACAUUUAGACAUUGCCUCAGUGUAAGCAAAAGUGAAGGUCUGCAAAGGCAUACCGGUCAACGGCCACCUGUCACAGAGCGCGCUGCUGUCUGCACACUGCACACAUUAUCUUCCCACUGAUGUAACUCCUCAUGCACCAUCACAAAGCCUGGGAUAAGACAGCUUUCUGCUAUAGCUGUC